AAAGGGCGCUGGGGCGCCGCAGGAGGAAGUGCUCCAGUGCUCGACUCUCCGCUGCGCGGCCGCUGGCGGAGGGGAGCUGCCAGGUGAGCCUAAGAUGCUGCUGCGCUCGAAGCCUGCGCUGCUGCUGCUGCUCUUGGGGCCGCUGGCUCCCCUCUCCCCGGGCGUCCUGGCCGGACCUGCGCAAGCACAGGACGUCGUGGACCUGGACUUCUUCACUCAGCAGCCGCUGCACCUGGUGAGCCCCUCGUUCCUAUCGGUCACCAUCGACGCCAACCUGGCCACGGACCCGCGGUUCCUCAUCUUCCUGGGUUCUCCAAAGCUUCGUACCUUGGCCAGAGGCUUGUCCCCUGCGUACCUGAGGUUUGGUGGCACCAAGACAGACUUCCUAAUUUUCGAUCCCAAGAAGGAAUCAACCUUUGAAGAGAGAAGUUACUGGCAAUCUCAAGUCAACCAGGAUAUUUGCAAAUCUGGAUCCAUCCCUCCUGAUGUGGAGGAGAAGUUACGGUCGGAAUGGCCCUACCAGGAGCAAGUGCUACUCCGAGAACACUACCAGAAAAAGUUCAAGAACAGCACCUACUCGAGAAGCUCUGUAGAUAUGCUGUAUACUUUUGCAAAUUGCUCAGGACUGGACUUGAUCUUUGGCCUAAAUGCAUUAUUAAGAACAGCAGAUUUGCAGUGGAACAGUUCUAAUGCUCAGUUGCUCCUGGACUACUGCUUUUCCAAGAGGUAUAACAUGUCUUGGGAACUAGGCAAUGAACCUAACAGUUUCCUUAAGAAGGCUGAUAUUUUCAUCAAUGGGUCGCAGUUAGGAGAAGAUUUUAUUCAAUUGCAUAAACUUCUAAGAAAGUCAACCUUCAAAAAUGCAAAACUCUAUGGUCCUGACGUUGGUCAGCCUCGAAGAAAGACUGCUGAGAUGCUGAAGAGCUUCCUGAAGGCUGGUGGAGAAGUGAUUGAUUCAGUUACAUGGCAUCACUACUAUUUGAAUGGACGAACUGCUACCGAAGAAGAUUUUCUAAAUCCUGAUGUAUUGGACAUUUUUAUUUCAUCUGUGCAAAAAGUUUUCCAGGUGGUUGAGAGCACCAGGCCUGGCAAGAAGGUCUGGUUAGGAGAAACAAGCUCUGCAUAUGGAGGCGGAGCGCCCUUGCUAUCCGACACCUUUGCAGCUGGCUUUAUGUGGCUGGAUAAAUUGGGCCUGUCAGCCCGAAUGGGAAUAGAAGUGGUGAUGAGGCAAGUAUUCUUUGGAGCCGGAAACUACCAUUUAGUGGAUGAAGACUUCGAUCCUUUACCUGAUUAUUGGCUAUCUCUUCUGUUCAAGAAAUUGGUGGGCACCAAGGUGUUAAUGGCAAGUGUGAAAGGCCCAAAGAGAAGGAACCUUCGAGUAUACCUUCAUUGCACAAACAUUGACAAUCCAAUGUAUAAAGAAGGAGAUUUAACUCUGUAUGCCAUAAACCUCUAUAAUGUCACCAAGUACUUGCGGUUACCCUAUCCUUUUUUUGACAAGCAAGUGGAUAAAUACCUUCUAAGACCUUUGGGACCUCAUGGAUUACUUUCCAAAGCUGUCCAACUCAAUGGUCAAACUCUAAAGAUGGUGGAUGAUCAAACCUUACCACCUUUAAUGGAAAAACCUCUCCGGCCAGGAAGUUCACUGGGCUUGCCAGCUUUCUCAUAUAGUUUUUUUGUGAUAAGAAAUGCCAAAGUUGCUGCUUGCAUCUGAAAAUAAAAUAUACUAGUCCUGACACUGAAUUUUUCAAGUGUACUAAGAGUAAAGCAACUCAAGUUAUAGGAAAGGAAGCAGAUACCUUACAAAGCAACUAGUGGGUGCUUGAGAGACACUGGGACACUCUCAGUGCUAGAUUUAGCACAGUAUUUCGAUCUCUCUAGGUAGAACACUGCUAAUAAUAAUAGCUAAUAAUACCUUGUUCCAAAUACUGCUUAGCAUUUUGCAUGUUUUACUUUUAUGUAAAGUUUUGUUUUAUUUUUUAUUUAUUUAUUUAUUUUGAGACAGAGUCUCUCUCUGUCACCCAGGCUAGAGUGCUGUGGUGCAAUCUUGGCUCACUGCAACUUCAAGCAAUUCUCCUGCUUCAGCCUCCUGAGUAGCUGGGAUAAUAGGAAUGUGCCAUCACACCCAGUUACUUUCUGUAUUUUUUGUAGAGAUGGAGUUUUGCCAUAUUGGCCAAGCUGGUCUCCAACUCCUGUUCUCAAGUGAUCCACCCACCUCAGCCUCUCAAAAUGCUGGGAUUGCAGGCAUGAGCCACCACACCCAGCAGUGUUUUAUUUUUGAGACAGGCCCUCACUCUGUUGCCCAGGCUGGAGUGCAGUGGUGCAAUCUUAGUUCACUGCAGCCUUUUAACUCCUGGGCACAAGUCAUCCGCCUGCUUAGCCUCGCAAGUGGCUAGGACCACAGACACAUGCCGUCACACUUAGCUAUUUUUAAAAAUUUUUUUGUAGAGAUGGGGUCUUGCUAUGUUACCCAAGCUGGUCCUGAACUCCUGGACUCAACUGAUCUCCCACCUUGGCCUUCCAGGUGCUGGGAUUUCUUUGGGAGUACAACAUGGUACAGCAGCAGAUCAUUUGAUGUUACCUCUAUGCAGUGUUGCUAGUCAGUGAAAGACUUUAAUACCUGUGGGGACAGCGAUUAGCCACCGCACCCAGUCCUUAUUUAAAGUUACUAAAAAUGGCUGGGCACAGUGGCUCACACCUGUAAUCCUAGCACUUUGGGAGGCGGAGGCAGACGAAUCACCUGAUGUCAGGAAUUUGAGACCACCUGGCCAACAUGGUGAAACCCCAUCUCUACUAAAAAAUACAAAAAUUAGCCGGGUGUGGUGGUGCACACCUGUAGUCCCAGCUACUUGGGAGGCUGGGGCAGUAGCAUCGCUUGAACCCAGGAGGCAGAGGUUGCAGUGAGCCGAGAUUGUGCCACUGCACUCCAGCCUGGGUGACAGAGCAAGGCUCCAUCUCAAAAAAACGAAAGUUAUUAAAAAUGUAUGUGAAUGCUCCUAAUAUGGCCAGGAAGCAAGGAAGUGAAGGAUAUAUUAUGAGUUUUAAGAAGGUGCUUAGCUGUAUAUUUAUCUUUCAAAAUGAAUUAGAAGAUUCUAGAAUUCUUUCCUUCAUGUGCCAUCUCUACAGGCUCCCAUCAGAAAAAGUGUACUGCCAUUACCGUGAAACUGGUUGUAAAAGAGAAACUAUCUAUUUGCACCUCAAAAGAGAGCUAGAUUUUGCUGAUUUUCUUCUUUUGGUUUGUCUUUGUGAGCAAUAAUAUGUGAGAGGACAGAUUGUUAGAUGUGAUAGUAUAAAAAAUGAUUAAUGACAAUUCAGAGGGGAAGACAUUCUAUAAACUUAAAAUUACUAUAAAUGAAAUUGAUUCAUCAAGAGGAUAAAUUUUAGAAAACACCCAAUACCUUAUAACCAUCUGUUAAUAUUUACUUUUUCUCUACCUUUAAUCCUUGUUUCAGUUGGGAAGCUUUUGGCUGCAAGCAACAGAAACUCCUGAUGCAAAUGGCUUAAACAAUAAGGAAAUGUACAUUCCCACAUAACUAGAUGUUCAAACAGGCCAGGCUCCAGCACUUCAGUAUGUCACCAGGGAUCUAGUUCUUCCCAGCUCUCUGCUCUGCCAUCUUUAGUGUUGGCUUCAUUCUCAGACUCUGGUAGCAUGAUGGCUGUACCUGUUCCAAGGGCCCACUUCAGACCUCAUAGCAACCAGAGGAAGAAAAUGAGUCAUUUUUUUAGUCUCCUUCAUAGACUUGAAUAACUCUUUUUCAGAGUUUCUCACAGCAAACCUCUCCUCAUGUCUCCUCAUGUCUUAUUGUUUAGAAAUGGGUAAUGUGGCCAUUUCACCAGUCAUUGCCAACAACAAUGCGGUUCCUAUAAUUGUCUCUGAGUAAUCCUUUGGAAUGGAGAGGGUGUUGGUCAGUCUACAAACUGAACACUACAGUUCUGCACUUUUUAGCAGUGACAAAAUGUAAUAUUUUCCCCUCUUAAGGAUUAAUAUUCUUUAUAUUUAUGCCUGUUAUGAAUAUAGUAUCUUUUAAAUUUUUUAUUUUAAUAGCUUUAGGGGUACACACUUUUUGGUUACAGGGUUGAAUUGUAUAGUGGUGAAGACUUGGCUUUUAGUGUACCUGUCACCUGAGUGAUGUACAUUGUACUCAAUAGGUAAUUUUUCAUCCAUUAGCCCCCUCCAUCCUCCUCCCUUCUGAGUCUCCAAUGUCCAUUAUACCACUGUGUAUGUCCUUGUGUACCUAUAGCUGAGCUUCCACUUAUAAGUGAGAACAUGCAGUAUUUGGUUUUCCAUUCCUGAGUUACUUUCCUUAGGAUAACAGCCCCCAGUUCCAUCCAACUUGCUACAAAAUACAUUAUUUUAUUCUUCUUUAUGGCUGAGUAAUAGUCCAUGGUAUAUAUAUAUACACCACAUUUUCUUUAUCCACUCAUCAGUUGAUGGACACUUAGGUUAAUUCCAUUCAAUUUAAGUACAUUUUUAAGGAGCUAAAGCUGAAAAUUAAAUGUUAGAUCUUUCAAUACUCUUAAAGUUUAUAUGUAAGUGGUUUUUAUAUUUUCACAUUUGAAAUAAAGUAAUUUUUAUAACUUUGA